AUGGCAUUCUCGAAUGAAAAGGAGCUGGCUUUCAUUUUUGGUCUCUUAGGCAACAUCGUGUCUUUUUUGGUGUUCUUGGCACCAAUCCCGACAUUUUACGCUAUUUACAAGAAGAAGUCGUCAGAUGGGUAUCAGUCGAUACCGUACGUGGUGGCGCUUUCGAGCGCAUCGUUGCUCCUGUUCUAUGGAGUCCUCAAGACUAAUGCCACUAUGAUCAUCAGCAUCAAUGCCAUUGGCAUCGUCAUUGAACUCACCUAUCUUAUUCUCUUCUUGAUCUACGCCUCCACCAAAGAGAAGAUGUACGUGGCGAAGUUGCUGCUGGUGUUCAAUGUAGGAGGUUUCGGAGUGAUGAUGGCACUGACCGUCUUUCUUCUCAAGGGUCCGCAGCGCGUCGAUGCCGUCGGAUGGAUCUGCGCGGCCUUCAAUCUCGCCGUGUUCGCCGCGCCUCUGAGCAUCAUGAGGAGGGUGAUAAAGACCAAAAGUGUGGAGUUCAUGCCAUUCACUCUGUCCUUCUUCCUCACCCUCUGUGCCACAGCCUGGUUCUUCUAUGGACUCUUCGUCAAGGACAUGUUCAUUGCUCUACCAAAUACACUGGGAUUCUUGUUUGGCAUCGCUCAAAUGAUCCUCUACAUGAUAUACAAAUAUGGGAACAAGAAAUUGGCGGAGACAAAUAAGGGGAGCAAUCAACAAGAAGUGUCUCUAGACAUGGAGAAGAUGGCUUCCAUCUCCAGUGCCCAGCAGCACCCAACUUCACAGCACCAGCCACAAGUCACGGCUGGCAAACCGGUUGAAUCAAGCAACGUUUGA